AAAAGGGUACCACUUAUUUGGGGUUGUCAACCACCAAAAAUUUGUAAAUGUACGAAAUUUUGACUUUUUUCGAAAAUUCUGGGGUUUUACGUACCACUUUCAUUUUUUCAAAUUUAACUACAAAUAUUUGGACUUAUGAACCCCGGAAUUUCUGGGCUAGAAAGAGAAAGGGUAGCUGUGUUGCCAACAAUUAAUUAAAAAGGUACGCAAACAAGCAUGGUUUUUGUUAAGAGGGCAAGACGGCAACCUCCAAACGGCGAAGACUUGUCAAAAUUUACUUUGCAUUAGUUUAGUAAAAUAGUAACGAAAAUGGCGUCUCUCGAUAAAGUGAAGAAACGGUGUGUAUUUGUCGAAUUAGUUGACGGUAAGGCAAAUGCCCCAUACGAAAUUAUUCUAGGAGAAAGCUCAACAGUGCAAAGCGACUUGCAACAAAUUGCAAAUCGUAUGGUUGCUAAAAAUAAAGAGUUCGCUAGUGUCUUUGAAUCAGGGUAUUGUAGUUUUGAAAGAGAGAGUGAGUUCCAAGUGAGUAAAUGGGUAAAGAUAUCUGAAAAUUCGCCCAUAAAACAUCUAUCUGAAGUGCGCUGUGUCGUGAAAAAAUUCCCACAGUUCACUUUUGAAGGUGUGGCUGUCCCUUUCAUACAAGAGUCACAAUCGUCACAAGACUUUGAUAACAUACGCCACUCAACUCCCAUUCUUCACCAAAAUAGUUCACGAACAUCUUUUCAAGAUUACACACAUUCAGGCAAUUUGGGGAAUGAAAGUGCUACUACAUCCAAGCUUCUUAAUACUAUUUCUCCAUUUGAUUCUGGAUUGGAUUGUGAUGAUGUGUCUAGUGACAAUUUGGUGGUCGCUUCUACAUCUCAGCAACUUAGUUCUGUUGCGUUGGAUUCUGAACUAGGAUCUGAUCAUGUGCCUAGUGACUCUGAUGAAGAGGUGAAUGCUCAGGAAAUUUACAGCCGUUUUGUUGUGUACACCACGUUGGCGAGAUUUCCAAACCUGAGCAUUGACAAGAAAGACCAAACUGCAACAAACGCUAUCUUUUACUCAAAAUUAAAGAGGAUUAUGGAAUACAAACGACGAGUGGCCAAGCAGCAGUUCAAUUCGAAAGGUGGUCGUGUGAAAAACGUAAGCAGCUUUGACAAUCAAGGUCCAGCUGCCAAAAAAACAGACGAGAGGUCGAAAAUGAUGCUGAACAUGCAACAGUUGCGGUUAUUGAUGUGGCAUCUUAUUCUGAAAAUGUCAAAAAAUUGUUACAAGUUUGCCGUACUUUUGGUUCACCACCAAGUUUAAAGGCUCUGUAUCUCUUGACUUUCGAAGGCAGGCGAAGAGAAAUUUUAUUGCCAACAAAUUUGCAAAUGUAGCUGAGAUUCUAAAAACAGCCUGUCCAGUUCUUAACCAAACUGCUUAUGUAAUUGUUAUCUUUCA